CCACUUCUCCGGCGCUCCCCGAGUCCGCAGGCGCGCGCCAGGCCCGGGCCGGGCCGGCCGGGGAGGAGCGGACGGAGGCCUGGCCCAUCUCUGCCAGCAAGUCUCUGAAUCGGCCAGAAACCCCUGAAUGUUGCUGUUAAUGAAAAGCCCAGUUAACUCAAAUGUGUAGGUCACUGGAAGUUUUUAAUCCUUGGUGCUUUGAGAGAUUUUAGAAGAUUUAUGAGAGCUGUUCAAAUCAGCAGAGAGGUCAUGGCUUCUAGCUCCUCGGACUUGAGCCUCCAGUGGAGGAAAUGACCAUCAGAGCACGGGCUCCUGGUCUGUUACAAAGACAAAACUUUGCAGGGUUCCAGUUUGCCCAGGACAGGAAAUAGUCUUUUUUCUGAAGGGCUUUACACUGAUCUGUAACCCAGAGAAGAAAAAAUGACGACUUCAUCUAUUAGACGGCAGAUGAAAAACAUUGUGAACAAUUACUCAGAAGCAGAAAUAAAAGUUCGGGAAGCCACUUCCAAUGACCCCUGGGGCCCAUCAAGCUCUCUGAUGACCGAGAUUGCGGACCUGACCUAUAAUGUGGUGGCCUUCUCUGAGAUCAUGAGCAUGGUGUGGAAACGGCUGAACGACCACGGCAAGAAUUGGCGGCACGUGUACAAGGCGCUGACGCUGCUGGACUACCUCAUCAAGACCGGCUCUGAGCGGGUGGCCCAGCAGUGCCGUGAGAAUAUCUUCGCCAUCCAGACCCUGAAGGACUUCCAAUAUAUUGAUCGCGAUGGCAAGGACCAGGGCAUCAAUGUGCGUGAGAAGUCAAAGCAGCUGGUGGCUCUCCUCAAGGAUGAGGAGCGUCUGAAGGCUGAGCGGGCCCAGGCUCUCAAAACCAAAGAGCGCAUGGCGCAGGUCGCUACAGGCAUGGGCAGCAACCAGAUCACUUUUGGCCGAGGCUCCAGCCAGCCCAAUCUUUCCACCAGUUACUCAGAGCAGGAAUACGGCAAGGCAGGGGGAUCGCCUGCCUCCUACCAUGGCUCACCCGAGAUCUCGCUGUGCCCCCAGCAUCGCACAGGUGUCCCACUCGGUCAAAGUGAGGAGCUUCAGCCACUCAGCCAACGCCAUCCCUUCCUGCCGCACCUGGGGCUGGCCUCCUGCCCAAAUGGUGACUGGUCCCAGCCUUGCCUCACUUGUGACCGCGCAGCCCGAGCCACUUCCCCGAGGGUGUCCUCUGAACUGGAGCAGGCCCGACCCCAAACUAGUGGAGAAGAGGAGCUUCAACUGCAGCUGGCGCUUGCCAUGAGCAGAGAAGUAGCUGAGCAGGAAGAACGGCUCAGGCGGGGUGAUGAUCUCAGGUUACAGAUGGCUCUUGAAGAAAGCAGAAGAGAUACCGUUAAAGUUCCAAAAAAGAGGGAGCACUGCUCUCACCCACAGCAGACCACUCUGUUGGAUUUAAUGGAUGCCCUCCCCAGCUCAGGCCCUCCUGCCACAAAAGCAGAAUGCUGGGGUCCGUCCACUAUACCGACCCAGACCAACCAGAGCAACCCCUGGGGCGGACCAGCGGCCUCAGCCAGCACUUCGGAUUCCUGGUCAUCAUUCGGUGCCAAACCGGCUGCCUCUGUGGACCCCUGGGGAGUGGGUACUGGGGCCGGAACACACUCCGUGGCCAAGAGCUCUGACCCCUGGGCAGCCUCACAGCCACCUGCACCCAGCGCUGGAAAAACUACUGAUGCCUGGGCUGCUGCGUCUGCCUCCAAGCCUGUGUCCACCUCGGCCUCUGCUUCAUCUGGGGCCUUUGAUCUCUUCAGCAAUUUGAAUGGUACAAUUAAAGAUGACUUUUCAGAAUUUGACAACCUCCGAACUUCAAAGAAAACAGUUGAGAAGGUAGACUCACCGCCAUCCCAGAACAACGGAACCACUAGUCCUGAUCCCUUUGACUCUCAGCCUCUGAGCAGCACUUCAAGCAAGCCCAGCAGUGCCCGGAAAACACCAGAGUCCUUUCUGGGCCCCAACGCCGCCCUGGUGAACUUGGACUCCCUGGUGACCAAGCCAGCCCCACCAGCACAGUCCCUCAAUCCUUUCCUGGCGCCAGGAGCAGCCACAGCUUCUGCACCUGUCAACCCCUUCCAGGUGAACCAGCCCCAGCCACUCACCUUGAACCAGCUGCGGGGCAGUCCUGUUCUUGGGACUGGCAUGUCCUUUGGACCUGGCCCAGGCGUGGAGCCCCUGGCUGUGACCUCCACAGCCUCACACCCAGCUCUUGGGGCCAGUGCUUCCUCCCUGACGAUGAACAUGGUGGGCAGUGUGGGCAUCCCCCCAGCGGCAACUCAGGCCGCUGGCACCACCACCAACCCUUUCCUCCUCUAGUGCCUGGGCCAGGAACCUGCAGCCAGCAAAUGCCAGAGUGGCUGUGCCCACAGAUGGACGCUGAGCAGGAAUCUUGUGGAAUGGAGCCAAGUGGGUGGGUGGGGGGUGGGAUUGGGCUUCCUGGUCUGGCUCCUGGUCACAGGGUCAUCUUCAGAGUCCCAACCCUCAGACCUGGUGGCGGUGCAUGUGUGGAGGCAGGUGACAGGGACAGCAGGUAGCUCUCGUGCCUUCUGAGGCCAGCCCCAGUGGCCCGGGGUAGGGAGAGCCCCUCACCCGUGCUGCCUCCCAUGGAGAUCAGCUGGCUCUUGGUGACCUGGGACAGGGGGGUGGUCAGUGUUGCCCUUAACCCCCACACCUUCCACAUAGGACUGAGGGGCAGGUGCCUUGUUUAAACCAGUCCCGCCUCAGGCCUAUGGAGACCCCAGGUCACCCCAGGUGUGUAGGGAAUGAAGCACCACCUCUGUGACGUUGGGGGGUGCUUGUGCAUUUUCUCUCUCCCUUUGACUCCUGUGUGAGUUUAGAGUCCACACCACCCCCUUCCCCCCACCCCCAUGGAACACUCUGGAAUGAAAUCCACUAGAGCAAGCUUUAAACUAAUCUGAGCAUAACCCUGCCACGCGGCUCUAUGCUUGUGUACGUUUGCACAUAUUUUGUUUAGUACAGUUUCAUAUUUGAGUUUGCAGGAUUAUCUGAUAGUCUUUUUUUGGCUAAUAUUUUUAUAACGUGGUUCUUAUUUAACUGUCUAGUUUUGAUAGAAUGACCAGGUCUGGCAGAAUUAAGAUUUUGGCACGUGUCAUGUUUGUGAUAUAAAGCCUCUUAUUUAUGGUUU